AUGGAGAAUAGGAACAAUGUGACAGAGUUUGUCCUAUUGGGACUUACGGUGAAUCCAGAUAUGCAGAAAAUCAUAUUUGUUGUGUUUCUUGUCAUCUACAUCAUUACUGUGGUAGGAAAUGGGGUCAUUGUGGUUACCAUCAUUGCCAAUCCCUUGUUGGGAUACCCCAUGUUCUAUUUCCUGGCCUAUCUUGCUUUAAUAGAUGCCUGCUAUUCCUCUGUCAAUACUCCAAAACUUAUCAUAGAUGCUCUCCAUGAAAAGAAGACCAUCUCAUUCAAUGGAUGUAUGACCCAAAUUUUUUGGGAACAUUUCUUUGGAGGUGCUGAGAUCAUUGUGCUUACUGUGAUGGCCUAUGACCGCUAUGUGGCCAUAUGCAAGCCCUUGCACUAUACAACCAUCAUGAACCGGCGGCUAUGUGGCUUGCUAGUGGGAGUGGCAUGGGUGGGAGGUUUUCUUCAUGCAACCAUACAGAUUCUUUUCACAUUUCGACUACCCUUCUGUGGCCCUAAAAUCAUAGAUCACUUCAUGUGUGAUCUGAUCCCUUUACUCAAUCUUGCCUGCACUGAUACCCACACUCUAGGGCUUUUUGUAGCUGCUAACAGUGGGUUCAUCUGCCUGUUAAAUUUCAUCCUCUUGCUGGUCUCCUAUGUGGUCAUCCUGUACUCCCUAAGGAACCACAGUUUGGAUGGUAGGCAUAAAGCCCUGUCCACCUGUGUCUCCCACGUCUCAGUGGUUGUCUUGUUUUUUGUGCCUUGCAUAUUUGUGUACAUGAGACCUGCAGCUACUCUAUCCAUUGAUAAAGCAGUUGCUGUACUCUACACUAACAUAACUCCUAUGUUAAAUCCCUUAAUUUAUACCUUAAGAAAUGAUCAGAUGAAAAAUGCUGUCAGGAAAUUGUGCAGUAGGAAAGUUGUUUCAGGUUACAAAUAA